AUGAAGUCAGCUCUUGUUAUUGUCUUCUUGUUUUUCUUGUUUUUCUUUUUGUCUGCUAAUAACCAAGCCCAUGCAGCAUCUUUUUCACUUCCAUACCUAAACCAUCAUGAAAUACCCAUCCAUGUACCACAGCCCGAAAGCAUAGCUUUCGACUGCAAUGGAGCACCCUACGUUGGUGUGGCUGAUGGCAGGAUAUUCAAGUGGCUAGGAAGCCCGUUUGGGUGGAUAGAAUUUGCAGUCACCUCCGCCAAUAGGCCUAGAGAAGUGUGCGAUCUCUCAACCAGCAAAGACAAUGAGCCGAUAUGCGGAAGGCCACUUGGUUUGAAAUUUGACCUCACAACAUGCGAACUGUAUAUUGCAGAUGCCUAUUUCGGACUUCUAAAGACAGGACCAUAUGGUGGAGUAGCCCAAGUACUUGCGACAUCUGCUGAAGGGUUUCCUUUCCGUUUCUUGAAUGGAGUGGACAUUGAUCACCAAAGUGGAAUGGUCUACUUCACAGACACCAGUGCUAUUUACCAGAGAAGGAAUUGGGAAUUGUCAGUUAGUACAGGUGAUAAAACUGGAAGGUUAAUGCGAUACGAUCCAUCGACAAAGAAAGUGACAGUGUUGCUUCAUGGCUUGGCUUUUGCAAACGGGGUGGCACUAAGCAAAGACAGUGAUUUUGUUCUGGUAACCCAAACCACUGCAAAGAACGUCUUGAGGUAUUGGCUUCAAGGGCCUAGAGCCAACACUGUUGAUACUUUUUUCAACCUGCGAGGAGCCCCAGACAACAUCAACAUAAACAUCAAUGGAGAAUUUUGGGUCGCCGAAAACAGUGCUGGAAGAGGUAAAGCGGUGAAGCUUGACGCCCAAGGAAAUUUUCUUGACGUGGUAGAUGGACUCAACCCUGUGAGUCACGUUGAGCAGCGUUACGGAAACCUUUGGAUAGGCUCUGUGGUUAAUAAGUUUGUCGGGGUUAUUCUUAAUUUUGUUUGA